GCCUGCAGCCGAUCCGCAGCCUCCGGAGCAGGAAACCACUCCUUGCCUUCCCUCGGAGGUGUGCUCAGCAGGUAAACGGGCUUCCCGGCAUCUCUCCUCCCCUGCUUCUCUCCCACCCGGAGCCCAUGGCUGAGGAGAAGACCUUUCGUUAUGGGUUCAUCAUACUGGGAUUCUUCCUGGUGAUGACGGGGAUGUUCAUCAUGAGCAUGGAGAAGCCCCAGGUCUACAUCACCUUCUGUGCCCUGGGUGUGCUGCUGGUGGCUGUGGGCAUCACAUGGAGCAUGUGCCAGUGCUACCCAAAGAUAACAUUCAUCCCUGUGGACCUCGAGGCCGAGCAGUUCCUGGAGCACAAGCCCAUCGUGCUGCCGGACAAGGACACCCGCUUGUUCGCACCCUGCGCCGAGCAAGAGGCCAGCAGCGCCUAUGAGAAAAGCCUGCCGUCCUACGAGCAGGUCCAGAGGCAGGGGGUGGGCUCAGCCCUGCUCCCCCCUGCCCAGCACAGAGCCCACGGCUGCUCCCAGCCGGCCCUGCAGGCCAGAGCAGAGGUGCACCGGGAGCUGGGGGGUGCUGGGGACCCCCUCAAAGAGCUGGCGCCUCGGCUGGAAGCAGCAUCCAUCAGCUGCCCGCCCCGGCCGGCGCUGGGGGAUGCGCCGCUGGCAUCCCUCCUGGAGGACAUGGACACGCCGUCGCUGGAGGGCUCCGUGCCCAGCAGCCCCACGCCACGGGGCCGGCCCUUGCCAUCCACCCGCUCUGGCUGCACCCCAGCGGGGGGACAGCACCCCUGUGCCCCCCAUAAAGGUGCUGCAGAGGAGGAUGACCUCUAUUACGGGCUCCAAGAGGGGCCGGAUGCUCUGCUCAAGGACAAUGACUGCCUUUUUGAGCCUGAAAACUGAUUUCCUGGAGGGAACAGUUGCUUGGCAGGGACUCAGCUCAUGGAGGUGACACAGAUGUCACAGCCUGGAAGAAAGGGGCUUGGCUUGCCUCCCGAAAGCACAGUGACUGCAGUGUGGAGGAGCACCCAGGCUGCUGCCCAUCUCCUGUGCCAUGCUGCAUCCCUUGUGCCCAUCCAGCCACUUGGGAGGAUGCCAUUCCUCAGAGCCCAAGGGGAGCACCACUACAUCCUUGCUGGAACCGUUUGGGUGGACACGGAUAAGCGUGAAUGCUGGGCUGGGCAGGAUCUGGGCUAAAUAGUGUGCUUGGGAAGAGAAAAGAUUAGCUUUGCUGUUUGAAACAGGAUCAAUGUGUAGGUAGGUAAAGGUGUGUUCACCCCAGGCAGGCUUUACAAGGCAGAGAUGCCCAUGAAGACUUUUUCCCACUCAUUAAAGCCUCCUGGAAUUAAAAUCAGAUCCUGAGA